AUGUGCCGAUCGAUGGACUAUGUUGGACCAGCGUGUCUUGGCCUCUCGGCCUCGUCGCGCGCGGUCAAGGCUGUGAUCCGCGAUACGGUGCUGCGCAAGUAUGGGGCGGCGUGGCAGCUACUGCAAGUAGUGCUAUCGUUUGUCUCGGCGGGCUUCUACGUUCUUGGCCUGUAUCUUGAUCCCAAGACCAACGGAUGGACGCUCUGGGCCGAGGGCGCCAUCACUGCCGCCAUCCUGGCCGACUACGGGUUCUGGCUGUUCAUGGCGCGACACAAGUUGGCGUACUUUUUCAACUUUUUCGCCCUCAUCGACGUCUACACCAUUCUUCCGUUCUUUCUCUUGCUCCUUGCGGGCGUCGACCGCGAUCCGAGCGCGUCGUCGAUCGGCGUCCGCGCCAUCGCCGCUCUCCGGGUUCUCCGAGUCCUCCGCUCGCACAAGCUCCUCGACUUUUCGUCGGGCUCGCUCCAGCGGCAGAUGUGGAUCGUUUUUCUUACCAUCUUUAACUUUCUCUUUUGUUUCACGUGCUUCAUCCAGCUGGUCGAGUCGUCCAAGGACCACGAUUUUCCGUUCCACGACUCGCUCUGGUUCACAGUCAUCACCUCGACCACGGUCGGCUACGGCGACAUCUCGCCCACGACACACCUCGGGCGGAUUGUGGUCAUUGUGCUCGUCUUUCUCGGCGUGGCGCUCAUUCCGACCGAGACCGGCAAGCUCAUCAAUCUGGCCGCCAAGCGCAACGUGUACCUGUCGUCGGUCUUUGUGGUGCGGAGCGGGUACGACCACGUCGUCGUCCUCGGCUCGGGCCCAGACUCGGCGCCGGCCAUCCACGGCUUUUUGCAAGAGUUCUACCACAAAGACAAUGCUCUGCACGAUGUGCGGAUGGCCAUCCUCCUCGACUGCUAUCCGCCUGAGGAUCUCAUCCGCGCCGUCGCCAACCCGUUCUUUGCCCACCGGGUGGUUCUCCUCCAGGGUUCGGCCAUGGACAAGGCCGACUUGGCCCGGACAGCGAUCAGUGAGGCGUCGACAUGCUUUAUUCUCACGCCCAAAGCUGUGCCAAAUGCGUUUGCACAGGACGUUGUAACUAUCAUGCGGUGCGUGGCGGUGCGGGCGGCGAGCUCCGAGGUGGUCAUCAUUUCGCAGCUUCUCCGUCGGAUCAACAUGACCCAUCUUACUGCAGCAGGCUGCGACUACAUCCUCUGCCUUGACGAGAUCAAGAUGGGAAUCAUGGCGUCAAACGCCAUCACGCCAGGCCUCUCCACCUUUCUCAUCAACCUCCUUCGCUCGUUUUCCGACUCGACCGUCACCUACCCACCUGGCUCGUGGGAGGAAGAGUAUGCGGCCGGCUACGGCAACGAGAUUUACUGCAAGAGCAUCACAUCGGCACUGGCAGACAUGACGUUUUCGGAAGCCGUGUAUCUCCUCUUCUCUGAGCUUGGCGUCACCGCUUUUGCCCUCGAGUGCGAGGUGCUUGGCGAGUCACGGACGUGGCUCAACCCCGGCGACGCGUACUUGCUCCGCCCCGGGGACAUCAUGUUUCUCCUCGCGCCCGAUCCGAAGGCUCUCAUCUCGCCGUACUUUACCGACGGCGAGAGCGAGCAAAGCGGGAGGAGCGAUCGCCCACCGACAGCGAAGACGCCUGCCUCGGAGCCGGUCCUUGCCGGCCACCCGCAGUACCGACAGCCCGGCACCCCAGCGCCCGAGUCGACCUGGGACAAGGUAGUCGAGUUUGUGCACUCGAUCCUCCUUACGCCGGUCGAGGUGGGCCCGACGGUGACGCUGCCAACGGCGGCGACGACGCGGCCGGCGCGACGAGCUUCGACGGCAGCGGGCGGCAGCAGUGACAAGUCACCUGAGCGGAGCAGGCGGCGGUCGUCGGUGGCAGCGCCGUACUCAUCCAAUGUCAUUCCCGAGUGGGCGUACGCCGCCAGCCACUACGUCGAGCAGCCGUAUUCGGUAGAGGAGUCGCUCUGGCUCGACUUUGCGCCGAGCGCAACAGCAAGCAGGACGGGCCUCGACUCGCCGACGAGCACCGGGUCCGGCUCGGACUUGCGGCGGCGAUUCAAGACGUCGUUCACACGGGCGUCGAUGAAGAGCGAGGUCGGAGGACGAGUGGGCAGCAACGAGGCGUCGGAGAGCAACGUGUGGGACCACGUGUACUCGCUCCGAUCGGCAGCACCACGCUCGCGCAGUGAGUGUAUGUAUGUGCCUUCGAACGCCAUGCUGUCGCACGUGAUUGUGGCCGGCACGCUCGACGGCAUGGCAUCGUUCCUCCUCACGCUCCGGUCGCGGAAACAAGUGGUGCAGGUCCCGAUCCUCAUCCUUCACGAGAACGAGCCGAGCGAGGCGCUUUGGCACGUCAUCUGCCGAAUGGACCUCGUGUACUUUUUCCGCGGUAACUACAUGUCUGUGACCGAUCUCGCCAAAGCCGGGGCGCAGCGUGCGCUGCGCGUGGUCAUCCUCGGCGCGUCGACCAAGAAGUCGGCGUCCGAGCCGGACGUGGUCGCCGACUCGGACGCGAUUUUUACUGCGCGGCUGCUCAAGCGGCUUGUGCCGUCGCGCUCGGACCUGGUCUUUACCGAGCUCUCGUACGGGGACUCGAUCCGCUACCUGACGGCCGAGCUCGAGGAUGACCUCUCGGCGGGCUCGUACCACUUUACGCGCCCGUUUGCGGCCGGCCACACGUUUACGUCGACCAUUCUCGACUCGAUGAUGGUCCAGGUGUUUGUCAACUCGGACGUGGUCGACAUUGUGCGGCAGUGCAUCGGGCUCGGGGACCACGCGGUGUUUGCUGCCCUCUCAUCGGCGCCGUAUCAGAUCUCGGUCCCGCUCCAUUUGAACGGGCGUCCGUAUGUCACCCUUCUCGAGCUCCUGAUCCUGCGCGAGUCGGUUGUCCCGCUCGCGCUCUACCGCAAGACGACGAGCGAAGCUGGAUCCGGCACGCCGCACUCGCGCUACGUCUACACCAACCCGGCACCCGACACCAUCAUCCGCGCCGACGACCGCGUCCUCGUCCUCGCCGCCGAUCCAGACGCGCUCUCGACGCUUCUCUCGACAGCGACGCCGGCCGACUUGCGACCGGUUCCGGCCGUGGUCAUCGAGGCUGAAGCUGCCGAGGCGCGAGCUGCUGUCAUGGCGUUGGAGGCGGAGGAGACCGGCGGCGGGUUGAGCAGCUCGCGGUCGCGGGCACGGUUUGAGAUGCUGGAGACCGACGAGGCACGGAGACACAAGCUGAGAACGCAAGCGGCACAGAAUCAUUUGACGGUGCUGGAGAAGUCGAUGAAUGCCGAGCUGGAGAUGCUGCGCAAGCGCCGCGAUCUGCUCUCAUCCGAGGUGACCGAAAAAUCCAAGGCACUGAUGGCGCUCGCGUCGGGCAAACCGUCCAAGUACGAUGCACUGCGGGAGAAGAUCUCACGGCGCAACGCGGCCAAGAUGGCGGCGUUUGAACGGCGGGCCGAGGCAGCGGCAGAAAAGGCACGAGUCGACAAGGAACGACUCGCGGCGGCGUUGCUCUCCAAGGAGGAGCGGGCAGCAGCGCGGCGAGUCCAGCUGGAGAUGGAAAAGUCUGAGGCGCGGCGCAAGGCAGCAACUGCACAGCGGCAGAACCAGGCACGAGCACGCCAGCGGGCCGAGGCCCUUGCGUUGCAAGAGGCCGAGCGCAAGCGGGCGGCACUGGAAGCCAAGCUUGCGCGGGUGAACGCGUUCCAGGAGGAGAAGAGCAGAGCAGCUCAAGCGGUGGCCAAGGCAUCGCCGAUGAACGCCAAAGUGCGCGAGCGCAAGGCGCUGGCCGAUACUGCGGCAGAGCGCGAGCGCGAGGCUAAGAUCCUGACGCUCAUCCAGAAGGAGCGGCACCGGCGGGCCGGCGGAAAGCGAGCGCGAGCGGAGCGCGAGGCGUACGCAGCCGAGCUGGCGGGCAAGGCUGCGCUCCGGCAAGAGCUUGUGGCUGCCAACCGCGAACGGGCUGCACGUCGUGAGGCUGCACAGCGGGCCUUGGCCAAGCGCGAGCACACGAUUCGCAAGCACAAGCUCGACGCCCUCAAGUUCCGCCUCCACACCCACCGAUACACCUUGAUGGCGGUGCGCGAGGCGGUAUCCGACGAGGAGGCCACUAUGCGGGCCGAGUUUGAGGCCAAGAAAACGGCACUGUUGGGAGAGAUUGAGGAGACCGAGGAGCGGCUGCAGUUUGUCACGCACCGCCAUCUUGUGGCCCUGGGCGUGCGGACAGAUGCGGUGGGGACGGCGUCGAUGAUGACGGCACCGCGCGGACCAGGCCGGCCCGGCAAGGUUAGCACGACGGUGGGACGCGCACCCGAUGUCCAGGCCACGCUCGACGCCAUCGCUGCCAGGGCCAACAAGAAGUUGGCUGCCGGGCUGCGCAAAAACGAGCAGCGAAUGCAGCGGGCGCGCGGAGGCAUGAUCGACGGCUAUCAGCCGUCCGAGCCGUCUGAGGACGGUGAGGCCGAGCCCGUUGACCCAAAUCUUCUUGCCGAACCGGCCAAGCGGGCGCGCGCACUCGCCAAGUCGUCGCCGCUGCCGCAGCACCUGCUCCUCCACUCAGGCCCGAUCAUUCCGCGGCCGCCGACGCCUCCCGAGUUUACUCCACGGCCGCACUACGUGGCGCCAGUCCGGGUGCCAAGAGUAGGCUCGUGA